CUUGAUGCUUCCCAUGCACUAGUUAAACUGGAACGAAACCAAUCCAGCUGCUUGACUGAUCACCGUUUGUGGACAGCACAAAUAGCAACUUGAUAAAAGUCAUACUACAAGAACUGAAUCAAGUCCAGUCCUUCAAAGCAUCUUACAAGACACUAUUUUUGGAAGGCAGUUUGAGAUUCUUAUAUCCUUGAUAUCCAGCCUGAGACACAAUGGAAUCGAAAAACCCUCAAACUGAAGCCAAUGUGAACUUCUUCUUGGCUUUGUUUAAAAAGCUCAGUGAGGAGGAUAAGACUAGCAAUAUUUUCUUCUCCCCCUUCAGCAUCUCCUCAGCCCUGGCCAUGGUGAUGCUGGGGGCCAGGGGUAACACAGCCACACAAAUGUCACAGGCCCUCUGCUUCACAACGGCAAAGCAACCGACGGAGGAAAAACCAAAACCGGUGAUGACGCAGUCUCCAUUGCAAAUGAAAUUGCAAAUGAAGCCUCGAGAGGAGACGAGGCCGCAGCUAAAACAGACUUGUAUGCUGCCACAGUAUCUGAAACAGGUGCUGAAACGUGUCGACGGUGAGGAUGACGUCCACGCUGAUUUUCAAAAACUGUUGAUCGAAUUCAAUAAGACAAAUACUGGAUAUGCCCUUAGUAUUGCCAACAGGUUAUAUGGGGAGCAAACCUACACGUUUGUAAAGGAUUUCCUUGCAGACACCAGGAAGUACUACCAAGCUGAACUGGAGUCUGUGGAUUUUAAGAAAAAUGCAGAGAUGGCAAGGAUUAACAUUAACAGCUGGGUAGAAGAGAAAACACAAGGUAAAAUCAAGAACCUAAUCAAGAACAAACUGAUAGAGGAAACCAAACUGGUGCUGGUCAAUGCCAUCUAUUUCAAAGGCAAAUGGAAGCAAGAGUUCGACAAAGGCUUAACUGUUGAAGCUCCAUUUAGAAUGAAUAAGAAUGACACUAAGCAAGUGAAAAUGAUGCACCAAAAGGGUGAAUUCAAUUUAUUCUCCAUUCCUGAGGUAAACAUUCAGAUCCUAGAGAUGCCUUAUGACGGAAACGAUUUGAGCAUGCUUAUUUUCCUUCCCAAUGAAAUUGAGGAUAACACAACUGGCUUGGAGAAGUUGCAGCGGGAACUCACCUAUAUGAAAAUUAAGGAGUGGACUUCUUCAGACAAGAAGCUUUAUGAGGUCCAAGUGAGCCUGCCUCAAUUCAAGAUGGAAGUGGCGUAUGACUUGGAGAAUGUACUGAUCAGCAUGGGCAUGGUGGAUGCGUUUGACGGUGAAAAGAGUGACUUUUCUGGCAUGUCGGCACAAAAUGACUUGGCAUUGUCAAAAGUCAUCCACAAGGCUUUUGUGGAGGUAAAUGAAGAAGGAACAGAGGCUGCUGGAGCCACCGCUGCCAUUGUUGUAAGAAUUACCUCAGUACGUGAACCUGAAGACCCCAAAAUCUUCAUCGCUGACCACCCCUUCUUCUUCUUUAUCCGAUACAAUCCCUCCAACACGAUCCUGUUUGCUGGUCAAUACACCUCACCUGAGUGAGCUUUGAUUGUGAAUUUCUGCAAUGAAUACAUUUAACAUAACUGUAGCUCUGUAAUUCUAUGAAAUUCCUUUCUUCUGAUUAAUAAAAUCUCUUUUUGACAAAUAAGCAUCUAUGUUCUUCAAAUCAAUAACCAUUAAAUUUAGAAAUGUCAACAAAUCAAUCACAAAGUGGAAAGUCUGUGGGACAUUUUUGGGUUUGUUUUACAUGUUGCCCUCAAAAUGGCAUGGGAACGCAGGAAGUUGA